GCUCAUAUAGUUCGUCACUCUGGUAUUAACCACCACAUACACUAUACUGAUCUACACUCAGAUAGACUCCUACGAGGAUCCAGAAUGUUGCAGCUUUGAGACUAUCAGACACCAACCACUCUACCCAUUGAUUAAGUGUUUAUCCUCCAGGCUGAAGCAUGCCUGUUCUUAAGAACCUCCCAGCUCGGCUGAAGGGGGCUAAGGGGAAUUUGGAGUUGGAGAACACUCACAGUGAGCUGAUUCUCCGCAAAAUGAGUCUCAAUCACAACCCAUUUGAGGAGAAUGGCUUAGGUGAGGAGUGGCCCAGGCACAAUGGUGGCUCGCUCCUGGAUGGGGGUGCUCCCCGGGACCGUAACCCAUUUGAGGAUGAGGAGGAUGAGAACGAAGCCAAUGAAGUGAGGCGUGGAGGGUCAGGAAAGGGUGGUUCUUUUAAAGGGACGCUUGACCGCAUCAAAGGUGUGUCACCACUCAAGACCCUGGGCAAGCUAGGCAAGGGCCUGCGCAUGUCAGGCAGGAGUAAGGGCAGCGCCACCCCUUCUCCACAGGGCUCCAUUGGUAUGCCCUCACCCAGGGAGAAAAAGAAGAAGGGCCGACGGAGUUCAGAAGGAAGUCUUCUAAGGAUGGCAGGAAGAUGUAGAGAGAACCUUCGUAAAGAGAGCUUGCCCAAUGGAGACCUGUGCUCAGAGAGUGAUGCCGAUUCAACCAGUCGCAGACUGUCCCUCUUGAAGAUUGUGGGUAGGGGCAAGAAGAGGGAGUCGCUGGUUGACCGUUCAGCAUCCCCUGGCCCUGAAGAAGAGCUAGUAGAAGAAGUGCCAGUAGUCAAACCCAGAGAGCCACUCUCAGUGUUGGAGAUCCUGCAGCUGGUGACCAAGCGAGAUUUGUUCCUGGCAGACACGCACAUACUAGAGCUAGAACAGGAGUGUAUGGAGGUGUCCACUACACUGCCAGGGGGUGCGGAAGAUCUCAUCAGCCCCAGCAGCAAAGACAGCAGCCGGCGUAAGGCUAAGGAUGUGGAGCUACUGUAUGAGGCCUUGCAAAAGGAGCUGUGGGACGUGGUCCGGGAAUCCCUGCAGUCUCCUACUGCCGGGCCUAACCUAGGCCUGGUGGUGCAGGUCCUCCAACAGGAAGAACAGGCUGAUCAGGACUGGACCAAAAGUGAGGGUGCUGUUCCAGGUGGACCACGGCCCAGGGAGCUGAAAAAGCGAUGGAAGGAGGCUGUGGUCGAGGCUGCUAAUGAGAAUUUGCCUAAGUCUGAAGUGGUCCUGGCAGGUGAGCUGGCAGCGUACCUGGAUAAAUUGCGAAUUCGCAUGGUGGAGGAUCUGGGAGCGGCCCGCCGGAAUGUUGUGUCUGUGUACCCUGAGGAGUAUGAUGCCUUCCAAGUGUAUGUACAUAGCUACCAUCAAGCCAUCACAAGUCGGUUGCAGACCAUCACUAAUGGAGAACUGCAAAUUACUGACAUAUACUCCCUUCUAGACUGGCUCUACAACAUAUAUGACAGGGACGUUAUUGGAACAGUGAGCAUAACAUCACCCAUCAACCGCUCUCAGCUCAGCCCAUUGCUGCCAGCAGACAUGGUGGACAAGCUUGAGCUGGACUGCCUCAACUAUGUCAGGGGGAAAGUAACCAAUGAGCUGUCUCAGGUGUUAGACGAGGAAGAAAAGAGAUGGACAGAAACGCUGCACAUUGAGGAGUACCAGAUCCCACUCGCUAAUGCAGUUAUUCAGAGACUGCAGGGAGACCUUGAACGAUCUGCAGCAAUUAACCGAGGUCUGGCUUCACGAGUAGCACAGUGCAGUCUUAAUGGCCUUGCAGAUUUUCUGUACAGCUUUCAAAGGAAGGUGGAAAUGUUCCAUGAAGUCUUUGUUAGUGCAUCUGGGGAAAAUGAAGAUGGUUAUGUUGCCAAGACGAUCGCUUUAGCCAACUGCUGUCCGCCUUUCAGGAGCUUUGUAGAGCGAUGUGUACACAGUGAUCCUGCUGUCAGCGAAGACUCUGGCCGUAGAGCUAACACCGCCUUGGACAAGAUUGUGAACUUGAGUGUGAGAGUGCUGAAUGACAGGAUAUUUGAGCACAUCAGGCCUUUCUUUGAUAAACUGGUGAAGCGGAAAUGGCUGAGCAACACGGAGGCAUUCGAGCAGAUCGUAUCUCUCAUCAGGGAGCACUUCAAGAAGUUUAAAAGGAUGGAAGGCCUACCAUACCAGGUCCUGGUGGGAGAAGUCCAUCGGCGGGUGAUGACUGAAUACAUUCGUGCCAUUAUGAGAGGUCGAAUUAUCUGUACGUCACUCAAGAUGAGGAAAAGGAUGGCCGGCCGUCUCCGAGAAGAGGGCAAGAAUCUUAAAACGCUCUUCAAAGAGUUGGAGUCUUCAGCCUCAUGGCUAGACAGUGCCAUUCCACACAUAUCAGAGAUCAUCCUGCUGGAAGACACACCCUCGAUCCAAAUAGAGGUUGGCGUUCUUGUCCAAGAAUUCCCUGACGUACGGAAGAAGCAUGUAUCUGCCAUCCUGAAUAUCCGCGGAAUGACUCGGCAGACCGAGAGACAGGAGAUCCUCAACGUUGUGAAAGACAUCGAGAACAGCGACAGUCUCUCACAACUGUCACGAGACCGUGCUCUGUUUGCAGACGUCCCUGUGACAUCUGAGGUGCACUGUCUGAACAUGGGCCUGAGCCGCAUCGCCCUCACCGCCUCCUCCUGUUUCUACAGCUUACGGAAUCGCCAGCGCAGGCGAACUCCAGUCCGGGAGACCCAUGAUGACAUGUUGUAACCAACCUAAAACAUAUAAUCCAUUUCAAUAUCGACCAAAGAUGCUGAGCUUUCAGUCGAGUCUUUCUGACUCCACAGUAGAGCAAGAAAACUUGAGCUGGGCAAUAAGCACUGUUUGGAGCUAAGACCUUUAAAAACACACCUUGUGUCAUAAAAAAGGACUUCUUUUCUGUAUCAUAAGUAGCUGGUAAAAGGGGUUGAGCUAGCAUGGGUGAAACUGGGAGCAUUUUAGAAGCUUUUUAGUUGCAAUAUUUUCACGUGCAUUGGAAUUUGAUGUUAUUUGGAUCCCAGAAGUGUUGAAAAGAAUCAGAACAUCUCGCACAAAACACGACUCACUUUAAAACUAUUGGAAUUGUCUUAAUGAAUGAGAUCGUCUCUUAUCUCGGCUUUCAUCCUAGUACUGAUAUGACUGUUAUUUGUACAUGGUGAUUUAAUACUUGAUCGAAGGUACUACACAAUGAUCUAGGAUCUCUGAUCUUUUUUCUUGUAUUUAAAUGAGUAAUUUCAUGCUGCAGUCAUUGUAGUGCUGAUGAUAGCCAAAUCUGCCUGCAGAAAGAAAUCAAGGGCUACUAUUUAUGUUCCAGAUGCUAGACAUACAUUAUUUAUUGGAUCAAGGCAUGUCAUGUUUUUGUCCUAUUCAAUAAUGUAAUAAGAAAAAUACCACAUAAUUCAUUUUGUAGAAAUAUCUGUUUGUGUAAUGAUGGGCUUUUUUAAUGCCUCUUGCCAACAGAUAGCACUUUUCCUUCACAGGUGUCUUGUUUUUGGUUUUUUUCCAAAAAAAAAAACAACUUCAUUCCAUGCCUGAUGAAGCGAUUUUGAACUCUCUGACUUUUCAGAAAGACAGAUUUUUUUUUUAUAUAGCUUCUGGCAAGUCUGUAUAUGUUGAUAAAAGAAUAGCAUGUAAAAGGCAUCAAAGAUCAUUUUCAUUGUGCUUUAGGGUACUCUGUAUAUUUAAAAGAUUUAAGCUUUUUUUCUUUUGGACAUAAACUUCUGUACAUUAGUCAAAUCAUAUAAGAAUAAAGGAUAAGAUAAAUUGA